UCCGCAGACAAACAUAACACAUAGUCUACAGAUCAGGCAUCAUUUUUGGUACAACAGAAUACACACAGUCUUUCAUUGUGUAAAAAUGUGCUAUGUCAACUUUUGUCUGAAUAAGAAAUAGUCCAAAGUGACAAGUAUUGAUUUUAACAUGAACAGUGAAGCGCAUUGGAUCACAUGAUAUUCACCAAAACGUCAAAAUUCUGCAGGAUUAUUUUGUGACACCAUAGAGACGAGAGCUGCAGUCGCUGCUCCCCUUCUGUCCGCUUCUUUUCAGUACAUGACAACUUCCUCCAUGAUUAAUGACUCUUUGGAGUUCAUGAUGUCUGUGAAUGAUUGGGUGUGUAGGCGUGUGUGCAUGUAUGUGUGUGUGUGGAUUCUGUAUUUCAUCUGAGUCUAUGGGUGAUAGAUCCAUUGACAGGCUUAAUAUCUGAAGGGCUAGGGAAGUAAAUACAAUCUGAUGAGUCGUGUUUAAUCGUUAGUCAUUGUUCAUGUAAGCAGAAAUCAAAUUCCUGGCAUCCAUUGGUUUUGUUUGCGACAAAGUCAGAUUCACGAGAAAAGCGGAAGCUCUCACUCCAUGAUUUGGGUCAAAAAUGAGAGCUGUUGUGGCCCGGCUCCUGAGUCCUGGCUGCGGUCCUGGCGCCCAUGAAAAAGGGCCUUCACAGACAGCCUUCUCUUAGAAUGCAGAGGGUGGUGGUGAUGGAGGGAGGUGGGGCUUGAACAUACAUAAGAGGCGAAGACAGUCCGCCAGUCCAAUUUGGCACGGCAUCACCAGACAAUUUGCUAUUGCUGAACCUUUUCAAUUGGAUCUUUUCAGUCGUUCAGGACCUCUUUUUACCCUCUUUCGGGGCUUCUAAGAAAAUUAAAAACACCCCUUGGCUUGAUCAUUUCUGGAUGAGAAACGGCACGUCAGUGAUGAGCCCGAGCAGGUUGCUGAGAACUGAGGCUUUGUCUUGGCUGACGGCUGUAGGAAACUUGUCCGGGGGCGAGUCCCACGCCUUGGUCCUGCAGCCUCUCUGGGACUACCUCCACCAGAACCACCACGACCUGCUCAGGAGCCCGCUCUUCCCAGUGGUCCUCUCUGUCACCACCUACUUCGUCCUGGUUGGUAUUUACACCGCGUUGGACCUGCUGGCUCCCACCUGGCCCUCCAUCAACCGCUACCGGCUGCAUCCGGACAAACCCAUCACCUGGCCUAACAUCUGGACCACCCUGGGUGUCACCGUCUACAACCACCUGUUCUUCAUCUUCCCCGCGGCAGUUGCGCAGUGGCUGUGGAGGCCGCCGACCCCGUUGCCUCCGGAGGCCCCCUCUCUCUGGGGCUUCUUUCUCGGCAUCCUGGGCUGCAUGGUCGUCUUUGAUUUCCAGUACUACCUGUGGCACCUACUGCACCACCGGGUUCCCUGGCUUUACCGCACCUUCCACGCCAUCCACCACCAGUACAACCAGCCCUUCAGCCUGGUCACCCAGUACCUUUCUGGCUGGGAGCUGUUCAGCGUGGGAUUCUGGGCGACAGUGGACCCCAUCCUGCUGAGGUGCCACUGCCUCACAACUUGGGGCUUCAUGGUCUUUAACGUUUACGUCUCCACCGAGGACCACUGUGGCUACGACUUCCCCUGGGCCAUGCACAACCUGGUGCCCUUUGGCCUUUGGGGCGGGGCCCCCAAGCAUGACGCUCAUCACCAGCGACCGGGGACCAACUUUGCCCCAUUUUUCUCCCAUUGGGACUGGCUCGGGGGAACCAACACGGUGCCAACCGCCUCCGGCCAAUCUGCCUCAGAAGAACCAGAAGACAUGGAAGAGAAAAAGGACUAAAGGACGCUCAUUGACUCAAACUCUUUUGUACCUUCUCACAUUCCAACACUCUUGUUUUUUUCUAUCUACACUCUUGCACCUUUUCCCAGUUUUUCUCAUCUUUCUUUGAUCUUCCAUAUUUUUUUACUAACUGAAUUUGUUGGAAAUCUCUCUGUUGUACCUGAACUGUUUGCUAAAAAAAAUGUAAGAGAUUGCUUCUUUCUGCAUUAAUGGAAAGUGAUGACUUAUAUUAUCCCUGCUCGUCUUAUUGAUUAGUAGUAAGUGGAACAUUGAUCAACAUAUUAGACGUGCAUUAAUGACUUUGACGAUUUAUUUGACAAAAUGUAAUGUCCGUUUCCUGUUUCACAGUUGGUGACUGUAUGAUGUUUCUAUGACGGGAAGCACUUUGAACUGCCUUGUGUCUGAAAUGUGCUUAAAGAAAUAAACUUGACUCAUUUUCAAGACUUCUCGCUCAUCCGAAUAUCUUGUUGUAUUACCGCUUCUCUUUGUCUCCUUCUCAGGCUGUUUUUUGUGCAUCUGCAAAAAGAAUGAAAGGAAAGAUAAAGGCAUUCGAAUCAGAUCUGUGUUGUCAAACCUUCCUCAGUGCCUCAUCUUGAGCAUUCGGUGGCACGGACGCUCGUCCUCUCUCUGCUCUAGCUUGCACACAUGAAUGGCCGUCUUUUAGCCGCGUCCCAGCAUCAAGCGUGGCCGCAAUGUUAAUCCAUCAAUCUGCCCUCCAGACAAAAUGCUCUAGCUGGAAGAGCAUUAAUGAGGCUCCUCAAA